AUGCCGACGUUUCGUUGGCUUCUCUUUUUCUUUUUCUUCGAGUUCAAAUCGGGAUCCGCUGACCUUCCGAUUUUCAAGGUAAACUUCUCAAAUCGUCAUGCUUAGAGAGUGUAGGACAAGGCCGUCAAUUUCAAGAUCGCUUUCAAAUUUUGCACUGGUCCGCAAUAUGCCGUCGCGUGUAAGCGAUGUGUAUGCAGACGCCGUUCUCUUUUGAGCCAUUUCCGUUUGCUUGAGCUUCUACUUUUUGCGACGGCGCAUUAUGGACCGACUCUAGUCAAAGAUCGGUUCAGCUCUGCAAUGACGUCACCCAGAACAUGACGUCACUUCGGCCGUCAGCAGUGCUUAUGAGCCAAGCCCCGGACGACGAUCCGACCAUCCGCGACUUGGCGUGCGCCGUCACCAAGGUUGAACCGCGACGCGGCCGCCUCCCGUCUGAAAAUCCUCAUCUUUAGAGAUACAAAGUCACGAAGCGAUUUCCUUUGGACCCCGGCACAGACUUGUGCUAUCAACUUGCGAUGGUACUCUAAUUUCCCACUGGAGGAGCAUAUUUUAAAGUUAUUUCAGGCUGAAAUCAAAGUGGGACAAAUUUUGGUGGUGGUCCAUCGGAAUGUCAAAGAAUUGACGCGCGAGAAAUGCGGCUUGACCGUUUAUGGGCCUUAUCCGGACGUUCUUUUUGUUGGUUUUUAAUUUUUUCUUGUCAAAAGCUCGAUUUUGUAAAACGUUCAAGAACUGAAUAAGAAGAAUGCAAAGUGAAAAAUGAAGAUUUAAAAAAAUUGAUAUUUUUUUAUAUUUUUUUGUGAAACUAUUUUCCGGGGCAAUUGGUAAUUUUUUUGAAAUUUUGGAAGAAUUGGUGUAAGUGUCCGUAGCUGUGUUUGCGUCAAACACACCGAUGCGCCCUUUUAAAUGUUGCAGGAGCCGUUAUUCGAAAUCAAAUUGCACUUUUUCCUGUUUUAUUUCGAAAUAACAUUAUUUUUCAUUUUUUCUUUUUUCCAAAUCAAAUGAUAAUAAAUUUUUUGAUUAGAAAAAAGAAAAAUAAGCUAAAAAUUGCCUUUGACCUUAUUUCUAGGUAGUUUUUCGAUAUUUUAUCAAAAAUUCUUAUGAGGAUUGUACAAAAGAUUCAUACCAAAACAUUAAGCUCAGUUUUGACAACCUCUCAGAACAGAAAAGCAACUCGAAAACGGUUCAGAAAUGCGCAAAAACAUUUAAAAAGAAAGCGUGCGGCAGCGGGUAAACCGUGAGAUUUUGCCUCCAGUUGUACGCCGCGCGCGCUAGUUUUUUGGCCAUAACUUUUUUCUUAGUGGACCUUUUUUCAAAAACUAAACGGAUUAUGAAAAUUGACAGUCUUUUCUAUCGAAUAGUGUGAAAAACAUAUUUUUUGAAUCGUUUACUUGCUACCUUUUUUUGGAGAAAAAAAAGCUUCAAAAGCUCUCCUUACUUGAUAAAAUAACAGUAAGACUAGAAAUAGAAAAAAUAGAAGAUUUUCAAAAAAAAUUUCUCAUUUUUCCCUUUUGGAUGCAAUCUAUACAGCGGUUUUUUUGAAUAUUCGAACCGUUUUUUAUGAUUUUUCCGAGAACUUUUUGCCAUUAAUAUCUCUAUAAAACUGUAUAUUACUAUAAUUUCCAGCUUUCCCUUGACGAAAGGAAGAAAAAAUCGGGCAGCACUUAUUUUAUGGACAAAGUUGUGAAUGUCUACUACGUCACCAACGGAGGCCGUUUUUCGUGAGUUUCAUAUAAAAUAUUAUCACAACAUUAAAACUGAAGGAUCGACGUUGAUUACAACAACAAAAAGGCGCUCAAUUCUUGGAUCGUCGUUUUGAAUCAUAUCGCCGCGUUGCACGACAUCAUGCCAGAGUACAAACAUGGGGUUUGAAUCAUUUUGAAUAGCUCAUGAUUUUGAAAAAAUGAGACAGAUUGAACGUUUCAAUCGCAGCUCUCUGCUUCAUAUCCCAUCAGCCUACUUCACAGAGCUCUACAUUCGGCAGCUGUACGCCAAGCUUUUGGAGGUUCAUUUUUGAAAUAAGGCCUAACUCACAAGGGGGGCACUAAAGCGCUGCCAAUUUUAACUUACAGGGGGGGCUCUAAGGCGCUGCCAAAUUUCACUCCCAGGGGGCUGCCAAGUUUAACUCACAAGGGGGAUUUCAAGGCGCUGUCAAAAAAACUCGCCAGUGGGGGCUUUAGGGCGCUGCCAAAUUUCACUCCCAAAGGGGGCUUCAAGGCGCUGCCAAGUUUCACUCCCAGGGGGCUGCCAAGUUUAACUCACAAGGGGGGCUCUAUUUUUUUCUCAAAUUUCACUCCCAAGGGGGGCUCUAGGGCGCUGCCAAAUUUCACUCCCAAGGGGGAGCUCUAAGGCGCUGCCGAGUUUAACUCACAAGGGGGAUUUCAAGGCGCUGUCAAAAAAACUCGCCAGUGGGGGGCUUUAGGGCGCUGCCAAAUUUCACUCCCAAAGGGGGCUUCAAAGGGCGCUGCCAAGUUUCACUCCCAGGGGGCUGCCAAGUUUAACUCACAAAAGACCGUUCUUUGGCCCCCGGUUCUUUCAAUGAAGCUCGGCUGAAAUGCACUUCUGAUUCCAGACAAAAAAUGUUUCUUGCAAUUAGAAUUUUUUUUUCGAGUAUUGAGCUUUUAAAACUCACAAAUUACACAAAUAAUAGGAAAAUCACCGUUUUUCAAAAUUUUGAAGGGUCUAAAAUAAGAUCUACUGUGAGAAAUUUUUUUCUUAUUCUCAAAUCAGGAGGCCCUGAAGUACAAAUCUGCCAAUUUCCUUCGAAACUGCAACCAAGGGCCAAAAAAACGUUCCCUUGUUAAACCAAAGGCGAUGAAGAAACUUUAAAAUCAUUCUCCAGUUUCCUCAGCCGCGACGCAGCACGCAACGCUUCACUAAUAUCUUUUUUGCAGACAAGCUACCCGAUAUCGAUCAUCAUGAUUAUUUCGAGCCUUCCUUGGAUUUUACUUGCAACUGGCGUUUCGGGAUACCUCGUUUUUCGAGCCGGUGAUUUAUUUUCCGACAGGAUUUCGAAAUCUUAUAUAAAAAUUUAAAAAAAUUCAUUGUUUUUCUAAAAAUAUUUUUCAGCGAGGUGGUUUUGAAACACGUCAGCGACCGAGUACAGUGCACGUUGCUGGAAGUUGAUGAGGAGAUGGUUAUUUUUUUUUAUUUUAUGAAUUAUCAAAGUAACUUUCUCGGAUUGAGGAUGAACCCGGUGAUGAGUCGGAUCAAGGAAAAACGACGACGACUAAGACUUUAUCGAAGGAAUCGACCAAGUCUAAAGAGGAAGAGUCCAAGAAAGCUAAAGAUCCGAACGCGUUGAAGCAGCCGAAGAAGAAGAGUCGGAAGGAGCUUGAUCUGUCGGUUUUUUUAAAUGUUCCUUUUAAGGUGGCAAAGGCUCCUUUUUUUGCCGUCUUUUUGUGCCAUUUCACCGGCUUUUAUGCACCAAUUUUGCUGCCUUUCCCUUUCUCCACCAUUUCUCGAGCCUUUAAAAUCCCAGAACAAUGGAAGGCUUAAUAAAGGGACCCUUUUUGCUGCCUUUCCCUUCCUCCACCAUUUCUCGAGCCUUUAAAAUCCCAGAACAAUGGAAGGCUUAAUAAAGGGACCCUUUUUGCUCCCUUUUUGCAGCCUUUUUUGAGCCUCUUCUUUUUAGCGGCCACUAUCCACCAUUCCGACUUUGCCCGAGUUGUUUGUUUUUGAUGUUUCCUUUCUCAAAAGCCAAAAAAAAUUUGGAGGUUGAUACUUUCAGGAUCCUUUUCAGGUGCACCGAUUAGUCUUUUUUAGCGGACUUUCAAGUAAUUUUCCAACCGCUAAGAAAAAUAAGCUUUUUUCAAAUGUACCUUUAACGCUAAACUUUAAACUUUUUUCUACUAAAUUUUUGCACCGAAAUUGAACUUUUUUCUCAACUUUGAACUUCUUCCAGAGGUGUUGAUGCGACGCAAAAGUCGGCUAGAAAUUUGACACCAAUUAGCGAUGUUCAUACUGCCGAGGAGAGCCAUGAUGAUGUUACGAAGCAUGGGUCCGUUGAGGUUCUUUUUUUGAAUUUUUUUGGGUUUGGUCGGAAAUAAAAAUGAGAGGAAAAGAAUGACAACGGUAUUUCUUUUAUGCUGCAACUGAAUUGAAAAAUUAUUUUGAAAUAUUUUUCAUUAAUUUUUAAUUCUUCAUAGAGGAAAUUGCAGGUGAAUAGCUAAAAUCUGACGGUUAUUUAUUAUGAUUAAAAUUUUUUUUCUGUCGAAUUCUUCAAGGUGGGAUGUGGCUGAACAAAUUUUAGGUUAUAAUAAGCCAAAGGUAAGGUAAAUUUUUUUAGGCUAUUUGAACAAUAGAAGGUUUUAAAGUUUAUCAUAUCAUUUUUUUGAUUUAUUUUCCCCCCGUUUUUAGUACUUAUUUUUCAGAACUAUACUGUUUCCAAUCAAAAAAAUGGCCUCAUUAUUGCAUUUAAAAGUGCGACCACGUGUCAUAGUUGUUUUGUUUGCGCGGCUUUGGCCGAAAAAUGGGCGCCGAAACGGCGGCGAAAUGAUAAAAUAUCUAUUUCCCGCCACCACGUGGUUGAUGUGAUCGCAAACCGAAGAUUUUUCCCGUCUUGUUGCUUGAAAUUCCUGACAGAUCAUACGAACAAACGUUUUUUUUUCCUGUUUUUCUCUCCUAAUUUUUGGAGUUUGAAGCUUCGAGAUAGUACUUGCGGGGUGUUUACAGGCCCGAAAAGCUAGACUCAAAGCGGUCGAAAACAGUUUUGGUUUCAAAAGAAGACAGAGAUUUAUUGGAUAACCUCAGGAUCCGUGAAAAAUGACAUACUUUCAGGAGAAAAAAUAA